CGGUGGACAUGCCGUGCGAUUUAUAUGCAGCAACCGUUUAGGCAGUAUAAGACACUGAGAGAAUUCUCAAGAUGGGAUCAUUGUGGGAAAAUCGCAUUGAUCUGGAAAAAUACUUACGUUCUAUCCGGGAUGUGCUGGCAACAAAGCCUGUCGUCUACGGAGCUCUCGGAAUCGGAACCGCUGGAUUGGUAGUCGCAUCCUACAAGUACCUGCAUGUGCAUAUUCCGGAAGAAAUCCAUAUGGAAGACCAUUCAUCACUGCGGAAACUGCAUGCCGUCAUUCAACUGCAGCGGUUGGUGGGUGCGCUGAGUGCUCCUCUGGGAAGGCGAUUCCAGUUAUUCAUUCUACGAUGUCUACGGGAUGGCAGUACUUCUGUUAAAAACCGCUCGAAUUCGGAGAUCUAUGCGGAAAGUCUGGAUUUCAGCGGUGUACCCGUAGUGCUUUAUCGGAAACAGCGUUGGCAUAAUGCAGAGGGAACGGACAACCGGUUACGACCAGCCAUUGUGCAUAUAUAUGGAGGUGGAUGGACGUUUUCUAAUUCAGGCAAUUACAUCGAGCAUCAUCAACGUCUGGUUUCCACCCUGGAUGCGGCUGUCUUAACAAUCGGUUACCACAAAGCGCCGGAAAAUCCAUUUCCCAUUGGCGUGCAAGAAUGCUUCGCAGCCAUUGAAUAUUUUUACGACCAUGCAGAGGACUUUGGUGUGGAUCCUCUGAAAAUCAGCCUACUGGGUGACAGCGCCGGCGCGACGCUGUGCUUGGCAGUAUCGCUCAAAUUUCGGGACGAGCACAAGAAUCUCGUUAUUAAAAACCAAGCGCUAAUUUACCCCGCCACGCAGUUUCUCAACUUUCGCACACGAUCAUAUCAGGGACACUUUCCUUUGCUAACCAAAAAGACUAUGAUCACCUACGCACUCUAUUACACUGGCGAUUCGUUGAGCCUGGGUCGACAUUUAGCCCGCAACCGACACCAUUGUUCCGGCUUCGAAGAAAGUCCGGCGUGGAAUACACUGAAGAAGUACAUUACGGAAAAGCCAACGAUACCGGAGACAUCCAGUCAGCGUAUCAGGAAUUUCCGCUGCAAGGUGUUGGAUGGGUAUCUGUGUCCGUUGGCGGCGCCCAGCCUGCGGGAUCUGCCGCCGACUCUUAUUGUCGUGUGCAAGUUUGACGUGCUACGGGAUGAUGGAUUUGCGCUGGCGCAACGGAUGAUGGAAGAUGAGGUGGAUCUGACGCUCAAGACAUUUCCAACUACACAUUCUGCGUUUAAAUUUAUGCGAUGCCUUAAAUCGGGAAGAGACAUAAUGGAUACGGUCACGACUUAUUUUGCGAAUAAUUAAAUAAAAUCAUUAACUGCACCUGUCUUUACAUGGAGUAUAAAUAGUACAAGGCAAUAGAACGAGAUAAUGUAAUAAGAAGUUUCUGGAGAGCAUGUAAGU